AUGCCAACCCUACCCUCCGUGAACCACUGCCGAGAAGAAUCUCUCCCUCUUUCAGUCCCUUCAGUUCCUGCCUCUACUCUACCUCCUGCACGCUCUCGCGCAACUUCCUCCUCCACCACCCAUCCCCCUACGACUGAUCCGCCCGCCUUGUUCGCUGCUUCCUUCACUGGGUCAGUCGUCGGCUCUAUCUCCCGCCGCAACCGUCGCUCUUUUGCUGCCUUGGCCCAAAAAACCUCCAGUGCCCUGGCCAGCUUGUCGACCAUCUCGACCGUCUCCCAGACCCCCGCGGGCAACUUAUCCACGCUGCACUCCUCGAACUCUUCCGGCAGCCUCUCAAGACUCACCAAAUCCAACGUCUCUACCCCCUUGACCCCGCCAUUAUCCGAGGGAGACACAUACGAGCAGUUGCCGGAUUUUUCGCGCUCGGUUUCCCCGGAGCCGUCUUUCCACAAACGGCGCCUGACGCUGCAGCGCGUCCCGACACCCCCUCAAGAAUCCCGCCCUGCCCAUCCGGGCGCUGCGCCAACCGCGCCCAGCAAAAUGCACCAGACUUCGUCGAGGCUGUUGCGUAUGACCGAAGAUGAGCGACCGUUCACCAAGGAUUUUAUGGACUUGUUCUCCACUUUGAUGGUAAGCUUGAAGUUGGACUCCCAUCGGGUCCGCUUCACAAGAUAUGACCACACCUUCACCUCCGAAGAGGCGAUCAACAACUUGGGAUCCCUCAAAUUCUCCCAGUCGAACCGCAUGCCAGACCCCAAGGACCCCUCGCGCAUCGUGACCACCACCACGACCACCACCUUCUCCAUGGCCAAGGAAAUGGCGCGCUCAGUCUGCCAGCGCUUUGUGGAUGGUCGCUUCAUCGAGGCCGUCGAUGGCAAGGCCCUGCCAAUCUUCCCGCUCAAGGGCGCCCUCUUCCAACUCACCCCCAAGGGCAUCAACAUCCUGCAGCGCUUCUGCCAGCGAAACGGAAUCACUGCCCGUCACGUGAUGGAUGUUUUGGAGUCUCCGCGCAACACGAUGCAAUUGGUGAACUUGGAGCGAGACACUGAGACCGAUAAGCUGUCGCAUGACCGUGCCACCAUCGAGGUGAUCUUCCGCCGGUUUGCGGGACAGGAUGGGCCCAAUAUCAAAAGCAGCAUUUCCACAUCAGACUCGGACUCGUUAAGCGACUACUCCAACGGAAUUGUCGGUGUGAAGAUGGCGCGGGAGCGGAAAUUGCAGGACGGCAAGAUUUACACCAACACGUUUACUGGGAAGGGUGCGGUGGAUUGGUUGAUGGACUGCUCGACCACCAUUGAGCGCCGGGAGACCUGCCUGAUUGCCGAGUUGUUCCUCAAGUAUGGCUUGAUUACAAUGAUUCAGGACGACAAGUCCUUUCCAGACUCCAACGCCGUGUUCCAGCUCUCCAAAUAUGCCAUCUACAGCAUCACAGAGCGUGGCCAGCGCGUAUGUGGCUGGAUUGCUCGUGACAAGACCCGUGACAACUCCGGCGCUUAUGACAACCGCGGCAUGCCCCGCGAUUCCAACAACGCUCGACUGACCCACAUCCUGCAAGACCCCGCCCUCCGCCUGCUGUUCCGUGAAUUCUUGCGCUACUCACUGUGCGAAGAGAACCUGUCCUUCUACCUCGAUGUGUCUGAAUUUACUGCCAACUACCACAAGGCCGAGAAGACCGGCACGUUCAACAAGGUGGACUCGGUUCGGGAAACCCUGGCUGCUGCCUAUGGGCUGUACAACGCGUUCUUGGCCCCAGGGUCACCCUGCGAGUUGAACAUUGACCACGCCCUCCGCAACAGCCUGGCCAGCCGUAUGACCAAGGCUGUUGGCGAUGACGAGUCCAUGUUCAAGAGCCUUCAGGAGGUGGUGCAUCUCUUUGAGCUUGCACAGACUUCCGUCUUCAAGCUGAUGUCAAGUGACUCCGUCCCGAAAUUCCUUCGCGACCCCAAGUACUCCGUCGUCCUGCAGGAACACGACGUCGACAUUUUCGGCGGCUCGCGCUCCUACUCCCCCACCCCGGGUGCCCCAGAACGAACUAUGAGCCGGUCUGCUCGCUCAUGA